AUGGCUGCAUUGUCGAAAGCCCACGUCGAGUUGAGUGAUGGGAUUGAUGAAACAAGAAAGUUGACAGAAUCCCAUCCUUCUUGGUAUUCACCUCAAACAGGGAUAUAUUCCAGCAAAUACCCAUCUAUCAACCUUCCUACUGAGCCUCUUCUUGAUGUUGUUUCAUUCAUUUUCUCACAUAAACACAAUGGCCUACAUGCACUCGUUGAUUCAGCAUCUGGGCUUUCGGUUCCAUACUCUAAGCUCUCACCUUUGGUGAAAUCCAUGGCAGCUGGUCUCCACCAAUUGGGAGUGAAGCAAGGUGAUGUAAUCUUGAUUUCGCUCCCCAACUCUGUAUGUUUCCCUAUAGUUUUCUUGGGUGCUUUGAGUCUUGGUGCCGUUGUGACCACCAUGAAUCCCUUGAGUAGUUUGUUGGAGAUAAAAAGACAGUUUCUUGAUUGUAAUGCAUCUCUAGCAUUUGCUGCCAUUGGUAAAGUUGAUGAGUUAGUUAAUGCAUUAGGGGGUUGCCGUGUAGUCGGGGUGCCCGAAGCUUUAGAUGUUAACUCCCUGUCUAGUGAUGAUUCUGUUUUCCAUAACCUGAUUUCUAGUGAUCAUGCAAUGGCACCGAGGCCUAGAAUUAGGCAGCAGGACACUGCCGCAAUUUUGUACUCAUCGGGCACUACUGGUAGGUCGAAAGGAGUUAUGUUGAGUCAUGGCAACUUCAUAGCUAUGGUUGAGAUUUUUGUGAGAUUUGAGGCUUCUCUUUAUGACUAUCCCAGUUCAGAGAAUGUCUACCUGGCUGUUGUCCCAAUGUUCCAUGUUUAUGGAUUGUCUCUAUUUGUUUUGGGAUUGUUGUCUUUGGGGGGUACUAUUGUCACUAUGAAACGAUUCGAUGCUAUUGAAAUGGCGAGAUCUAUUGAGAAAUAUGGUGUCACUCACCUUCAUUCUGUUCCACCGAUACUGGUAGCAUUGACAAAGAAAGUUAAGAAAGGUUGUGCCAGUAAAUUUCGGAGUUUGAAGCAGGUUUGCUGUGGGGCAGCUCCGUUGAGCGAGAAAAGCAUCACUGAACUGGUUGAGUCACUCCCCUAUGUUGAUUUCAUUCAGGGUUAUGGCAUGACAGAAUCAACUGCUGUGGCAACUCGUGGAUACAACACCAUCGGAGCUCACAGAUAUUCGUCUGCAGGACUUCUUUCGCCUAAUGUAGAAGCUAAAGUGGUAGAUUGGGUCACAGGCGCUCACUUGCCUUCAGGUUCCGUUGGUGAGCUAUGGUUGCGCUCGCCUGGAAACAUGAAAGGGUACUUGAAUAAUAUCGAAGCAACGAUGGUUGCACUUGACAAAGACGGUUGGCUACAUACGGGAGACAUUGUUUAUUUCAAUCAAGAAGGAUACUUGUAUGUGAUUGACCGCUUGAAAGAGGUCAUCAAGUAUAAAGGCUUCCAGAUUGCUCCUGCUGAUUUAGAGACAGUUUUGAUGACACGCCAUGAAAUUCUUGAUGCGGCUGUUACAGGUAUCAAGGACGAAGAAGCUGGAGAGAUCCCCGUUGCAUUUGUUGUUCCCAGAGAAGGCAGUUUCCUCACCGAAGCAGCUGCGAUGAGUUACGUGGCGAAGCAGGUUGCACCUUAUAAGAAAGUGAGGAAGGUAUACUUUCGCUCGUCUAUACCGCGAUCGCCUGCAGGAAAAAUACUUUGGAGAGAGCUCAAGAACAUGUUAAUUUCCAGGCUUUAG